AAUGAGUAAGGGUCUUUGAAGAAAAAGAAGGUUAUUGCAAUACUCAAUUACAACGUUCAUCAGUCAUUGGCGCUCUUGGUGAUCAGGAUCACACGAUCCACGAUACUAUUUAGUCAUGCCAAAGAACACCAAAUCUUCCGCCUCUUCGGGGACUAGGAAGAAACAGGCUGCCAAAGCUGCAAAGAAAUCAGGCACUGAACCUUCUCAACAACAACAAAAACCAGCAAACGGUGCUUUACAAAGAGGUCAAAAGAAGACAAAAGGUAAAAAGGGAGAACCAAAAAAGAAGGUUUAUAUUCCACCCGUCAAACCAAAGCAAGAUGUUAUCGAUCCUUUGGACUCGAUGGGACUGGCAAGCUUGUUACCUAGUGACUUAGUGGUCUUGCUAAGAAAAGCUUCAAAGAAGGAUGUUAUCACCCGGACAAGAGCCUUGGAGGGAUUGUUGGAAUGGAUAAAUGCUCCAACACAAGCAGAGAGCAUACCUGCUUCAGAAGAGGAGGAGGUAUCGACAGACAGAAAUUCAGCACUCAUAAUAGCAUUACCAAGCUGGGUUCAUCUAUUACCACGCUUAUCCAAUUCACCAAACAGAAGAUUAAGACAACUCACUGUUCAAAUUUCAGCAAAGGUUUUUGAGAUGCCUGACGUGCUAUCUGAACUUAUCGCCCAGCCUGCAAUGGUGGAAAACGUUAUCGGACCGAUGCUUAUUAUUGCACAUGGACCGGAUCGUCUUGUAUCCCGAACAGCUCUCACGAUGCUUGAGCAUAUCACCACAUGGUCAGAUUCAGAAACGGAAAACAUCGUAUUGGGUCAAUAUAUGGAAUCGAUAAUCGAUCAUCUCUCUUUGCGUUUGUUUGAUGAACAACAAGGCAGGGACGAAAAUGAAUCUUCACAAAAAUCCGGCACUUCUACUCCUUUGAGUACCGCAACGCGAGAUGCCAAAAAUCGAGAUGAUGUCAAUGUCGAAGAAGAUUCUGAAGCGACUGAUGCACGUUUCGUUGUGGGUGCACUGGGAGCUUUAGGAUGGCUAAUACAGGCAAAGCCGUCGAGCGAAUAUCUAGAACAAUUACUACCAAUCCUUACUUCUUUCACCACUUGGACAGCACUUUCACCACACAAAUAUGAUUCAAGAUCUCUUGGUGCCCUUUCACCAAGUGUGCGUGUUGCAGCAUGGAAUUUAGUUCGUAUUCUUGUCAUCAGUUGGCCGCAAGGGUCCGAAAAGUGUGCCUCCAUCUUAGGCCCUCAAGCAUUGUCUUCUGCGUUUAGCGAACAAGAUGCAUUAGUUGCACAGAAUAUGCGUGAAGCUUUAAUACGACUUCUUCAAGCACUUCCUGGAAUAUGGAAGAUGAGCAAAGAAGACGAGAAUGAUGGAGAGGAAGAUGAAGAUGAUAGCGAUGAAGAGGAUGAAGAUGGAUCAGAAGAUGGCGAUGGAGAUGAGAAAAGUCAAGACGGUAAAGCUGCAGGGGAGGGAACACCACAGUUUCCGAUGUGGCAAUCUUUCCUAGACUAUCUCAGUAACGGAGUGAAUGGGAUUGCAUCGGCGUACACUCUUGUCAUCCUUCUUCUUUCAACGAUACCAGAGGAAGUCUUUCCUCCUUCUUCCGCCAAAGCGAUGGAGGUGACACAAGCAAUGUAUGCACCAAUCGAUGAAGGUCAAUUAGAAGGAAGAGAAUUGCAAAGGGCAUUCGUGCCUGCAUUUUUGGAAUGUUUGAUUUGGCUUUGCGGUCGAACGGCUACGAAAAAUUCUAUGGAGGAGGCAUCUACAGUAGCAGAAAACAUUACGAUGAUAUGGCAAGAUUUCAUUGAUGCGGAUUCGGGCGGAAGCACGGAUACAACAACAAUCGAAGAUAUCAGAUCUCGCCGAUUGAAUGUAUUUGGGGAAGAUCGUCUUGUGACCGAACUCUCAACUUGUUUGCGAAAAUUAAGCAACAUCAAUCUCCGCCUAGCCAGUCCGAUUUUGAAAUUGAGUCGCGAUGCACUGAGCAGGUCAUUAACAUACCCCGCCAUUCCUAUUGAUCUGGUGAGCAAGAUGUUGGCCAAAUCUAUACAGCAAGACUCAUCGCCACCUGCGCCACUCGUUCAAGCUGUGUGUGAAUUGGUUAGAGAUAUCACAUUCUCAACGGCCAAUAUUAUCGCAUCGGGAGAAUCGAUUGAACAAGGUAUCAAUAUUCUGAAUCAAAUGGUCACGGAAACAUCAAUGGCACAAGAUGAUGAUUCGAUGGGCGCACUUUUGUUGGCAUUCAACGCUCUCCUAGCACAUACAGCAGAAGUAGCAAAUGAUGAGCUUGCCUUGUUCCUCACUUCAUAUGUCUUUUUGCUCAAAGACGACGAGGAAAGGAGGAAGAGCUGGUGUGCUUUACUCGAUACAAUCGUUCGACCUGGCGAUAAGAUCGAUUGGAGUCUCUUAAGAGCAGUCUCUCGUGCCACGAUUGGCAAAGAACGCGCAUUGGCAUUGCAAAAUUCAUUCAGUGAAAAGCUUGAUGCGUCCUUCUUGGCACACUACAAGGAUAACAUUCCAGUCUCUGCACGGAUCAUAGCCAGGCCACAAGGUAUUCUUAGCGAAGAUACACCUAAGAAAAUUCUGGCUCACAUUGCCAAAGGAACAUCGCAAUCGGAAUUGACUCUGUUGGAGGAGUGGUUGAAAUCGGACAAGAACAAUGUUAAAGUUGUCUUUGAUACACCCGAAAUGCGAGCGAUCGUGGUACCAGUUUUUGAGUUGGCAAUCUUUGAUGGAGAUCGUCAGGCAAAUGGAAUUUGGCGUUUGUUUUCAUUACACGAAGACGCUUUCGCCAUUGCAAAAGAGGUCUUGCAAUCGCAAUUGGUAGCAUUAGAAAGAAGCAUUCAGGAUAUCGUUCACGCGGUCUCACUUCUCAAACCAAGGUUGACGUUCAAUGAUAUUGUACCGAGUCAAGAAUCGACUCAACGCUACCUAUCAGACUCGUUUUCAGUAUCCUCGCCGACAGAGUUGUGCGUGAAUGACAAUCUCAUCCCAGUAGAACCUGAGGCGAAUGGAUCGUCUGGAGAAAGCAGUAUUCCAAAGUAUGACGUUGAUGGUCUCUCCGCAACUGCGAGAAUUUCUGUGAUCCUUUUGGCAUCGAUCGAAGAGGACCCAGUCGCGGGCAAGAAGGCUUCAGUUUUACCUUCUUUGAUUCACUUUGCUAUCUGCGCUGAAGAUGCAUGUCUGGAACGCAACCUUGAUGGAGGGCGAGCUUUGUUCUCAAAGACGUUUGACGAGAUCACUUUGAAGGAUUAUCUGGAAAAAGCAGUAUCAUUUUCAACUUCGAUCCUUUCUGCAAAGGCGUCUGGAUUUGCUACUGAAUGGUUUGCUUUACUCGCAAAGGUAUUGCAGGAGCAACUUACUGCACAGGAUGAGAUGCAGACAAUCUUGUACAACCUGUGGAAGCAGCCAUUGACGGGUAGCCUGCGUGUAUUCGAAAGGCUUCUGAAGGGAAUCUUGAACUUCAGUGGUGCAGGACAAGGGGAAGCAGAGUUGUUACUACGUGCUGCACAGGCUAUUGAACGCAAAAAUCCUGAAAAGGUUGGAGCAAUAUACCUUGCGACUAAUGAUCUCGUUCAGGAAUCGCCAUUGUACGAACGUCUUCGCAACCAAGCAGCAGCAGACCUUGCAGGUGUCAAAUCAAAGGACGCAAGUAGUAAGGGAGCAGUUUUGUUGAAGAAUUUGAUGAAUCUCGCUCCUCCUUUCGAUUCGUAUACCUCGCUAAUUCCCCAGCAAAGAGCGAUCUUCAUGUUACAAACGAUUCAAUCGUGGGUCGCUUCUGAUGAAGAGCUGCCGACGGAAGUCUUUGUACGAUUGGCACAAGCAUUUACGCAUAUUUUGCCCAUAGUACAAGAAAUACCUGGUAACCACCUGGAUCUCAUCAUCGACAUUGUGGAGAUGAACCUUGGCGACACGGAUCUUACUAAGCGAGGCGGAAUGUCAAACCUCUACUUCACGUUGGCAUUACUUGACACAGUAAUCGAAACGGCUUCAAGCAGUGCAGCGAUGAGAGAAGUAUGGAAAGACAGAAAGAAGGACGUUCUUGACGCAUUCCGAAGCACGUUGUUAUCAUUUGCCGACACGAGCGUGGAAGAAGGCGGUGCGCUUGCUUCCAAUGCAUACUCUUUAGUAGAGGAAAAGCUGAUUGAUAUCGUACGAAGUAUGCCUGCAAAUCUAUUCAAAGACGACACGACCAAGCUGUUCCGUAUACUGCGCUCGACGGGAACGGGAUCCAAUCGUUUCCUCGUCACAGUGUAUCGCUUAUUGGCGUUCAACGUACGUGAGCAAGUCAAGGAACUGGUCGUUGAAGCUGCCGUUUCAGGACAACAAUCCAAGCAGGAAGAGGGUGAGGGCGAAGAAGACGAGAAUGGCGAUGCGGAUCAGUCGACGCAAAAGCCCAUCAUCGAAAAAGAUCCAAAGAAGCUUCAAAUUCCGGCCGAAUUGACUGCGAUCUUGCAAGAUUCUCAACAAGAAAACGAGUUGGCCUACUUGUUGGCUUGGUUGGUGACUUUUGACUUCUUUGAAGAGAGUUCUCUGGAACUACGAGCGGCUUAUACGUCUCACCUACAAUCGCUUCGACUAAUCGAUGAUCAUCUGCUUCCAUUUGUGUUGAGCAAAGUUUCGCCGACGGGUGAUCAGGGAAGAUGGGCUUUGGAUGAAGUGUUUUUAGAUUUCAUCGAAUCGGAAAAUGCAACCUCUAUCGAAUAUCUUGCAAUCCACGUUUUCUAUAGGUCGCUGAUUCAUACGCCCAACUUGAUUCGAGAAUCCUACUUUUCCAUCAAGGACAAGCAACAAUCAAACACUGUCAAAGGCUUGACCGUUCGUCACCUGACGCCAUUAUUAUCUCAACGAGAAUUUGGACAUCUUCGUCAGGCUGACGUGCUGGAACGAUUGCAAGAUGAAAGUAUGCAAAUCAAGGUUUUGGGUAACUCAAGCGAAGUUAUUGCCACUUACACAGUUGAUGAAUAUCCACUCGAGAUUGCAAUUUCCAUGCCAAACGAUUAUCCUUUGCGAGCCGUUGAAGUGAGAGAUAUUCGUAAGAUUGGAAUCUCAGAAGGCACUUGGCGAGCAUGGAUUUUGGGUAUGCGACAAUUGAUUGCCGGUCGUAAUGGGUUGAUUUUUGAUGCUCUUUUAUUGUUCAAACGAAAUGUGGAAGCCAAAUUUUCCGGAUUUGAUGAAGAUUCAACAUGUGCAAUUUGUUAUUCUAUCGUCAGUCCAACCGAUCAUUCUUUACCUACCAAACCAUGCAAAACUUGCAAGAAAAAGUUCCAUUCAAGUUGUUUGUUCAAAUGGGUUUCAACUUCUGGCUCUUCAACUUGCCCAUUAUGUAGAUCGAUUUUGUAA